UCGGUGCGCGUGAUCGAAUCCUCGUUCAAAGGAUACUGUGAGAGUUUUUACGUGCGGUAGAUGUGUUUUUGUUUUUAAACCUAUGUUAAUAGUAACCCUUGGCUUUCUCUAAAUUGUUCACAAGUUCGUUUUUGGACCGGUUAAGUGACCACGUCAUGACGGGAAGGAAUGCAGUGGAGGAUGUCAGGGCUUUAGUGGUGGAGGCGCGCCGUGCUUAUCGCGAUAACUUCGGCGAGGAUCCUGGUGUGGUGGUCUGCGCUCCGGGACGCGUCAACUUAAUCGGAGAGCACACCGACUAUAAUGAAGGAUUUGUUUUGCCAAUGGCUUUGCAUCUGGUAACGGUCAUGGUGGGCAGCAGCACGUCUGGCCAGAGCUGUUCUGUUGUAACCAUUGCAGAAUCUGCAGAUGAGCCAAGGAGAGUGGACUUUAAUCUACCAACAGACAGUGCACCACUGACAGGAGGACAACCCAUCUGGGCCAACUAUGUUAAAGGCGUGGUGCAACACUACAGAGCUCAGCCCCUGCCUGCAUUUAAAGCUGUAAUAGCCAGUAGUGUGCCACUGGGGGGUGGACUGUCCAGCUCAGCUUCACUUGAAGUGGCGGUGUACACCUUCCUCCAGCAGCUGUGUCCGGAUGAUGGGGAUAAUAUAGCGAAGGCACUAGCAUGCCAGAAGGCAGAGCAUACUCAUGCUGGAAUGCCCUGUGGUAUUAUGGACCAGUUUAUUUCAGUGCUAGGCAAAGAGGGCCAUGCGUUGCUUAUUGACUGCAGAUCAUUGGAGGCCACCGCUGUUCCCCUGUAUGAUCCUGAUCUGGUCAUCCUUAUCACAAAUUCCAAUGUGAAGCAUGCACUUACAGGAAGUGAGUAUCCCAGCAGACGAAAACAAUGUGAAGAGGCAGCAGCCAUUAUGGGCAAGCGCAGUCUGAGAGAUGCCACGCUACACGAUCUGUUGGAUGCCAAAGACCGUUUAGACAGUGUAACGUACAGACGAGUAUGUCAUGUGAUUGAAGAGAUUGAGCGUACGGCAAAGGCAGCUGAGGCUCUGAAACGAGGAGCUUAUCAAGAGUUUGGAAAGCUAAUGGUGGAGAGCCACAAUUCCCUCAGAGACCAUUAUGAGGUGAGCUGCCCAGAGCUGGAUGUGCUGGUAGCUGCAGCAAUGGAGGUUGAUGGAGUCUUUGGGAGUCGGAUGACAGGUGGAGGGUUUGGUGGAUGUACAGUUUCACUGCUGCGGUCUGAUGCUGCUGAGAGAACUAUGAAGCAUAUAAAGGAGAGAUAUAAUGGAUGCCCAACUUUUUACAUAACUACCCCAUCAGACGGAGCUCGGGUCCUCAGUGUAUAAUCAAUAAUGAAAUCAAAUGGCAUUUCAGCAGUUAAGCACACGUGGUUAUGAAUGAAUUCUAUCUAAAUCUAUGGCAAAUAUUCAAAAUGGAAAAUUCUGAUUAAUGUAACUAUAAAUGAUUAAUGUAAACUGUUGCCACAAAGUUGGAAGCACAUAAUUGUUUAGAAUAUUUUUAUAUGCUGUACCCCAGACCUGUUCUAGCAUACUGCAGUGGAGAUGAUAUAAAACAUAUAAAUGAAACAGAAAUAGUCUCUAAGUCAAAAAACACCACAUGGAGAAUCUCGCUCCUUGCUUGCAAUGCUAUUAAUUCUUGCCUUCUCACUGACACCUAUUUCCUCUUUUUUUGCCUCUGUUGUUUUUUCCCCUCUUGCCUGGCUCUCCUACAUGUGUACUAUUUCAACAGAAAUAUACUGGCCCAGCAUCAAUAGUUGGAUUAUACAUAUAUUACAAUAUAUUAUACAUAUAUACAACUAUAUUGUGCUGUGACCAUUAGGAGGUAUAUAAUGUUUUUAUUUUAUUUUAUUUUAUUUAGUUGCUUUUAUAUUUGAGAACCACUGCAGUAAUCAUAUUAUUAAUAUCACCUUUAAUAUUGUGUGCUAAAUCAUUGUAUUAUCACCUAAACUGAUAAUUGUUGUAGGUAUGAUGCAGUAAAUUAACUAAAAAAAUCUAAUCAA